AUGUCUGGAAACAGCACUUCUUUGGACGCCUUCCCUUUUACAAUCUGCGCCGACAUCAUCUGCGGGCUUAAAGUUGCUACUAUCUUUUCGAUAUCUACCUUAACCACCGCAGGUAACCUGGUAGCUCUGAUCACGAUAGGAUCCACACCCUCGCUCCGUAACUGCCAUGGACUGCUUCUCAUGUCCCUAUCCCUAGCUGACUUGUUUACUGGUCUGAUAGCAUGUUCGUCUAUAUACCCCUCGGUGUACAACCUGUGGCCCUUUGGUGAUACCAUGUGUCUGGUCGUGGCAGGAGUCGAGGCAGUCGCCAAGAAGGCUUCUCUACUGACGCUGACUUUACUGAGCAUUGAGCGCUACAUUGCCGUGGUGUACCCUUUGAGGUACACCAGAAUCAUCACCAAGCAGAAAAUAGUAACUGGGGUUGUGUUCUGUUGGAUCCUUUCCAUCCUGUUUCUCACCACCCUGUUUAUGACCCGCCAGAUAGUCCAGCAGUACGCCUUGGUGCUCCAUUCCUGCACCGUCACCUAUCAAAACCAGCUCCUGUCAAUUGCUCUGACCGUCGGCUUGUUCAUUCUGCCGAGUCUAGCCACCGUUUCCGUUACCUCAGCCUUAGCCUGGGUGGGCAUGAAGAAACACACCCGUGUCAGAUCCCACAUGAUAUCCAAGCUAACCGAGCAAGGCGGACAAACGCGCAAAGCCAUCAAGUUUUUCCGCAUGUGCCGCAUCAUGGCGUUCACUUUCUACGCAUGUUGGGCUCCUAUUACCAUCGUGGGUUUUGCCUGCGUCCUGGCCGGUGUUCGCCAACCCUUGGGUGUGUUCUUCGCUCUGUACUGGCUCCAAUUCUCCAACAGCUUUUGGAACGUCGUCAUCUACUUCGCCAUGAAUGAUGCAUUCAGACGACGCGCCAGGGAGCUGUUCCUAUCGCCGUUCGUUGCUCUGCGCAGGCUCUGUUGA